AUGCAAACUGAUUCCUCGGCUGAUCAGUUAGAGCUACAGAAGCUUGAGGAACAAAGACGUGAACUCGACAAGAGGAUUGCCCAGCUCAAAUCGGCAACGACUCCUUCUUUUCCGCUGUCCCCAUUGUCGCCAUCUUCAUCUUACCAGCCUGGCGAAGCUAAAGGAUCUCAGCCCACUAUACAAGUCUCAGCACACCAUGCUCGCCGACAGUCUACAGCCCGCUCGGCGGCUUCGCCUGCGGUCAUCCCCGCAACUCGCGCCUUUCCGGACGACGAGGUAGAAUCUCACCCCAUGAAGCGAGCCAAGACAACCUAUGUACAGCCAACGUCAACACGGGAGUCGGUCCCUAUGGACCGAUCAUCCUCAACAAGGCCAAUGUCCUCGAUUCCCUUUAGCGGCACCGGAAUGGUCACCCCACCUCCUAUGCCUCAGUCCCUCCAGCCGCACUACCGACACGGAUCCAUGAUAGAGAACUACUCUAGGGAUGCCGAUCAGGCACCCAUCUCUGAAAGCCUUUUCAGCCACUCGAUGCAAAUUAAUGGGGCAUACGCUACCAAUCUCCCAUGCUUCACUGCAGCUCCUGUUGCCCCUGACGUAGGGAUGGAUGUUGUAGAUUAUCUGCAGGCUUUUGGAAAUGGACUACCCGACACAUACGUCCAUUUUGAUGCUCCCGAGGUACAGACAAACUCUGAUGUCAUUGGCCAGCAGAUGCCAGUGUCUAUUUGCGGCUCUUUGACUACCGCACCCACCUUGGAGGACUUUGGCAUGAGCAGACGUAACAGUAUCAUCCCAAACGAUGGCUCUUCUGUCAUGGGGCAACUUCCUGUCGGAAUGAUUCGUCUUGCUUCGCAGAGCUCCUUUGAAGACGGCAACUCACCAGACGUACACAAGGCCAGCCAGUUUCUUGACGAGAGUCCGACAACGAAGCCAGCACCGCCAUCUGAUCAGCAAGAUUUCUUCCAAAUCGGCGCGGGUCCGUCACAUGAAAUGUUCCCCCCAACUACUAUAUACCAGUCAACUCCGAUGGUUCACUCUGAAUCGAAUCAGUCUAUCGACAUUGGUUUUACUCAGAUGCCUGACUACCCCCCGACUGAUGUGUCUCCUUCCACUUCAUGUGGGGCUGUUUCUGUCGACAUGGAACGCACACAGUCCAGUGCAAGCAGCAGAUCAAGCCAGUCACUUAACCUGCGGGCCAAGGAGGCCAUAAAGAGGCAGAAUCAAAAUGCCAUCAAAGCUCCUAAACUACAGCCCAAGCCAUUGACUGCCAGAGAUGCUAGUGGCACUGACGAGGCCAGGGAGAAGACUGGAGUAGCGAUGCCAUCACCUUUCGCCACGCCGCCCAAGCCGGGAAAGACGGCCAUCGCGGCUCCCAAGAAAUACGAACGGCCGAAGCACCCCAAGGUUCACUGCACCAAGUGUCCUGACCACCCCGAGUUCCGUGGUGAACAUGAGCUUCGUCGGCACACCGACGCAAAGCACAAGUCUACGGCGAGCAAAUGGGUGUGCCGAGACCCCAGGGCAGCGGACCCCUCGGCGGAAUUCGAGGGACCCGUACCUGUUCAGCCACUCGACCAGUGUAAGCACUGCAAAGGCAGGAAGCUCUAUGGUGCCUACUACAACGCGGCCGCACACCUCCGACGGACUCAUUUCAAAGAAAAGCCAGUCCGGUCUAGGAACACUGGGGAGAAGAACAAGGAUGAUGCCUCGGCGAAGAAGUCUGACGCCGAACGCAGAGCCGGCCACGGUGGUGGUGACUGGCCAUCCAUGGAUGUCCUCAAGUCGUGGAUGGAGGAGAUCAAAGUCAAGGUCGCAGACAGUGACGAGGAGAAGCCUGUCCAGUGCGAGCAGGAAGCUGCAGAGGACGACGACGAGGAAACCGAUGUCGAGACCGAACUCGAGGAUCAAGACCUUGAGCUCGACGGCAAAGAUUCGGUAUUUUAUAGUGGUGCCUCCUUUGUCACUCACGGUGCCGACAUGGAGAAGAUGACGCUUGAGCAGGCAUCAUUCCCUGCGAUCAAUCGGAGCGCAUCAGACCCCCUGGCAUUUCAUGACCUGGAUAUCCACAACAUUGGGGGUUACCUCACAACCGGUUUCCCUCUUUCCUCUGCAAACUUUGGUGGAAUCUGUCCCCCACUGGACAUGACUAACAUGAGCAUGCCUCACCUUCAAUCUUCGGGCAUCCUCAGCAGCCCGUCCACCACCACCGCUACCAUCACACCCAUGAACGUAUCUGACUGUACCGGUAUGAUUGGUACGGACCGUGUUAAUCAAACCCCGCCCCAGUUUUCUGCUGUCAAGCAGGAACCUUUGGGGAGCGCCUCUCUGGUUUCUGCAAACCAGUGUACUUCUUCCGAGGAUUUUUCUUUUGACAUCAUCUUCCAGCAGCCUGAGUGGAAUUAA